UCGGGCUCGGUAGGCGCAGCAGGGGUCUAGCUCCAGCCUCACCUUUUGUGCCUUUUGCGGUUGGCUUACCCGUCUUUCCUAUGGCUGGGAUAUACAGCUCUACUCUGAAGACCCUGGAGGAUUUAACUUUGGACUCUGGUUAUGGGGCAGGGGAUUCCUGCAGGUCCCUUAGUCUCUCUUCUUCCAAGUCCAACUCCCAAGCUUUUACCUCAUCUCAGCACAGAGGCAACUGGUGGUACUACUCGGGCUCCAUGAACAGUAGGAAUAACAGCUGGGAUACAGUGAACACUGUUCUGCCGGAAGACCCAGAAGUUGCAGAUAUAUUUUCCAAGUGUCCUAAGCUGCCGGAUCUAGAGGAAUACCCUUGGACUGAUGAAGACAUUGGAAAAAUACUCAGAAAAGGGCAAGGAGAUGGAAAUACCAGAACCUUUACUCAGGAAGCUGUCAGGCGGCUCUCUCAGUUACUGAGGCGUGCCUUGAUCAGGAUCUCCAGGGAAGCUCAGCGUCUCAGCGUGAUGCACUCCAAGUGCACCAGGUUUGAGGUGCAGAGCGCUAUCAAGCUUAUCCAGAGCUGGUCGUUAUCAGAAAGCUGUGUCCUGGCGACUGUCAAGGCUCUCUCCCUGUACAGCAUGAGUGCUGGAGAUGGGCUGAGGAAAGGUAAAUCGGCUAGAUGUGGCCUCACCUUUUCAGUGGGGAGGUUUUUCAGGUGGAUGGUGGACACUAGGAUCUCAGUUAGGAUUCAUGAAUAUGCAGCCAUCUCUUUAACCUCUUGCAUGGAAAACCUUGUAGAAGAGAUUAAAGCCAGGGUUUUGGCAAGUCAGAGUCCUGAUGGUGGCGGAGGGGAGAUCUCGGCUGAAAUCCUGGAGAUGGUUAUCAACAAUGAUGCUGAACUUUGGGGAGUGUUGCAACCUUACGAGCAUCUCAUUUGUGGGAAAAAUGCUAAUGGUGUGCUGUCUCUGCCUGCCUACUUUAGCCCGUACAACGAUGGCUCUGUGUGCAGUGAUGGACGGGCUGAUGCAUAUGCCCAGCUGGAACUGCGAACUUUAGAGCAGUCUCUCUUGGCAACUUGUGUUGGAAGCAUCUCUGAACUGAGUGAUUUGGUAUCACGAGCAAUGCACCACAUGCAGUGCUUGAACACCCUUCGCCCAGGCAUGAGCCCUGUUCGGCAAACUCGGCAGCAACAGCCAAUCUCCUGGUCCCCUGACGCGCUCCACACGCUGUACUACUUCCUACGCUGUCCUCAGAUGGAGUCCAUGGAGAACCCCAACCUUGAUCCUCCAAGAAUGACCCUGAACAAUGAACGGCCCUUCAUGCUUCUGCCCCCGCUGAUGGAGUGGAUGCGAGUGGCUAUCACCUAUGCUGAGCACCGGCGCAGUUUAACUGUGGACAGUGAUGAUAUCAGGCAGACAGCCAGACUGCUCUUACCAGGACUGGACUGCGAGCCACGGCAGCUAAAGCCUGAAUGCUGCUUUAGUUCCUUCCGGAGACUGGAUGCUAAGGCUGCUACUGAAAAAUUCCAGCAGGAUUUGGGUUUCCGAAUGUUAAAUUGUGGAAGGACAGAUCUGAUCAACCAAGCAAUAGAUGCACUGGGACCUGAUGGGGUUAAUACCAUGGAUGAUCAGGGUAUGACCCCACUAAUGUAUGCCUGCGCUGCUGGGGAUGAAGCCAUGGUCCAAAUGCUUAUAGAUGCUGGAGCAAAUCUGGAUAUACCAGUUCCCAGCACCUCCCCACGAUACCCUUCGGUCCAUCCUGACAGCCGGCACUGGACUGCUCUUACCCUUGCUGUUUUACACGGGCAUAUAUCUGUCGUUCAGCUGCUCUUGGAUGCUGGUGCCCAUGUUGAGGGCUCUGCUGUUAACAGUGGAGAAGACAAUUAUGCUGAGACCCCACUUCAACUGGCUUCAGCAGCAGGGAACUACGAGUUGGUCAGCUUAUUACUAAGCAGAGGUGCUGAUCCCCUGCUGAGUAUGUUGGAAGUCAACGGUAUGUCUUCAUCACUUCACGAAGAUAUGAAUUGCUUUAGUCACUCAGCCGCACAUGGACACAGGAAUGUUCUACGCAAGCUCCUGACCCAGCCCCAGCAACUGAAAGGAGAUGUCCUCUCGCUGGAGGAGAUUUUAGCUGAGGGAGUGGAGAGUGACACCUCCAGCCAGGGCAGCUCCAGUGAGGGGCAAGUCCGGCUAUGUAAAACGAGAAUGAAGGCUCUGCAGGAGGCCAUGUACUACAGUGCUGAGCACGGCUACGUGGACAUCACCAUGGAACUCAGGUCCCUUGGAGUCCCAUGGAAGCUCCAUGUGUGGAUCGAGUCGCUACGGACAACCUUCUACCAGUCUCGCUACUCGGUGGUACAGACCCUCUUACGGGAGUUUGUCACCAUAAAGGAAGAGGACUAUAAUGAAGAACUGGUUAACGAAGGGUUGCAGCUCAUGUUUGAUAUCCUCAAAACCAGCAAAAAUGAUUCUAUCAAUCAGCAGCUUGCAUCCAUCUUCACCCACUGCUACGGCAACAGUCCUAUACCUAGCAUUCCUGAAAUCCGAAAGACACUACCAGCUCGGCUAGAUCCUCACUUUCUAAACAACAAAGAAAUGUCCGAUGUAACUUUCUUAGUAGAAGGAAAGCUGUUUUAUGCACACAAAGUCCUGCUCGUUACUGCAUCCAACAGGUUUAAGACCCUAAUGACCAAUAAAACAGAACAAGACAGCCAAGGCAGCAAGACUGUUGAAAUUAGUGAUAUGAAAUACAGUAUCUUCAAGAUGCUGAUGCAGUAUUUAUAUUAUGGAGGAACAGAAUCUAUGGAAAUUCCCACCACUGAUAUCUUAGAGGUGAGACGCUCUUCUUCUAAGUCUUGCCAACUGCACUGGGGUAUAAACAGAGCUUGAAAGGCAAAAAUCCAGGAACUACCAACAAGCUUUCAAUCUAAUAUGCUUAAAGCUUUGAAAUGAGUUCACAGUUUUGAAACGCAAUUGCCUGGAAAUAAGAACAGCUACCAGUUCUUUUACAGUACGUCAAGGAGAUGCUGGAUAAAAAUACAUCGCUACAGCGCUACUGGUACCCAAAGUUGCCUUAAACUAUCCAUUGACCUUUACCUCUAUAAAUCAGUUCUUUUUAAAGAGAUGCUCUAUGAAGUGACUAUGCUGUUAGGUGCUAAAACUGUUCUUUCUUACAAGCAGAUAAAUUUAAAGACACUGCUUUGACUUAAAGAGAAAGGGGAUAACUUUACUGCAGCCUUGUACUUAUUCCCCAACAAGCAAGUGUUAAACCUAAAAAGUAUUAACUUUUUAAAGUAAUUCCUUCACCCAUGAGGUGGCUGUGCGCAUCACAAAAAUGGGUGGCAGCCUCCUUUGUGAGUCCUUUCUCUCCUAGGGGGGAGGAGGCAGGCAGCCCUGUCCCUUUGGUGAGGCACAGAAAAGGUGCAGCUGAUCCUGCAGCUCUGGCACCUGGAGCAGGCCAUCCACCAAGGGGCAGAGGGUCUCAGGGAGGUCCUCUGAGAACAGGUCCACUUACAGUAAGGCCAUUUAGUCACAGUGUGGUGUGAUUAAAACUGCAGCUAAAGAUUACAAGAAAUUACUUUCUCUUUUUUUUUCCUGAGGGGAGGAAAGAGGGCUUUGAACAGUCUGGGGCUUGCAAAUCAUGGUAGCAAAAGGUAGCACAAAUGCAUUUCCUGCAGGAGAAGCAAGCCUUUCCUAGCAAAGGGGGAAAUUCUCUCUGUUGCUUUAUCUAGGCAUCCAGUAGCCUUUCUGUUCUUUCUUGAGGACUUAGACAUUAAAAAGGGAGUCAGAGAUCCUUCAGGGAAGAAAGCAUUAGUUCCAUUUGCCGCCUUCCCUAAGCAUUUUCAGGUUCAUGAUCUCAAA